GUCACUGAACGUUAUACGUGUUUGUGUGGGGAAUUUUGGUUUUUCCGCGUUACUGUAAUAACUCGAAGGCAUAAAAACGAUCAUGUGGUUUCUUCCGGUUGGGUUAAGCCCAAACGCAAACACUUAAACAUUAACCUACUAAUGAAUGUCCACGGCAUAUCGUCGAAGGGCGCAGUAAUGGUACAAGUCUACAUGUCUUAUGUAAAAUUCUGUUAACAGUGAAACAGUUUUGAAUACUUUAUAUGUCCAGUUUGCUUAUACAAGAAGAGUUUUCAGGAAAGCAACAAGGACUCUACUUGUGUAAACUUUCAGACAUAUGUUUCAGACAUAUUAUUUAAAAAAACUAAUCAGUGAUCGAUCUUCAAAGAAACAUAAAUAACUAAAUUAUGAGUAAAGUGAUGUUAAGUCCGUCUUGUACAGUAAUAACCUAUAAAAACGGUAGAUACUUCGCAGACAUUAUCCCAAUCAGGUGAAAGGUGUGAGUGAGAUACAGGAAAUAGGCCUAGUCUCGAAAACCAAAAAGAAACGUGACACAUCAUUUAAGUAGUAUCACACACCACCUGCUGGCAUGUUACAACGUGUAGAUAAAAACCUGUGAAGUGGUAUCUACUGCCAAUGACAAUGGGAGGAAAAGUGUUUGAAAAGCUAAAGAUAAAGGUGUUAUUUUGGGGGUGUAAUCAUAAAUCAGUGAAUGGGCUUAGAGGAGGCAUAUUGGCCAUUUGGUGUUCUUGAAGCAAAAUGUGUGCUUAGAUUGUUAACCCUGAGAAAGGUUUAAGUUAAACAGCUGUUAAAAGACAGAUAAAUGUUCCAUUUAUCAGACCACAUUUAAACCUGUUUCCAACCUUGUUUUAUCUAAACCGCUCCAACUUAUUUAGAAAUAUAUAUAUUUAUAUUUAACUUAUGUUAGACAUCUGUUAGACACACAUUUUAACAUUUUAUUUGUGUAUUACUAUGACACAAACUAGGCUUUGAAGCACAAAUUAAAUAUUUUAGGUUAGUCACUACAUUAUCCAGACUUGUGUUGCCCAAAACACUGUUAUGACAAUUCACACAGACAAUGUCAAUUCAAAAAAUGAGCUACAAGUUUUGUAAUUUCUAAAAACGUACUGUUUUAAAUGUUUGAAACGUUUCAAUGUUAUAAUUACUACUUAUGAUUGCUUUCUCUUUUAAGUUUCCCUUAGCCGUAGAUUAAAUAGGCCUACUCCUGCUUAUCCCUUAAGCAAACCUGUUGCAUAAUGUAGUGUUUGUUUGCCUGUUUAAUCAAAAUCCAUAUUUGGGUGCGGAAGUGCACACCCUCUGGAUGCAGCCUUGGGUUUAGAGCCUUCCAAGGGGGGCUUGGCCUAAGUUUGUAACCUAUGUUUGGAAACUAGGUUAGGUGGGAGGCUCUUGUUGGUCACACACGAUUUGAGAAGAGGUCAAAGGACCAAAUCUGACAAUGUUCUACAUGUACACAAGAAGCAAAACAUGCUGUUAUGAUUUUGUUACACCCAAAAGACAAUGGAUAUAUCUAUAUGUUAAACAGCUAUAUUAUGCCAUGUCAAUGUAUUUAUAAAUGAAGAAAUAUACUACAUAAUACAUAGAUAGAUAAGCUUAGAUAAACAGACGCAAGCUUUCUACACUUUCCCAGACUUGAACCAAUUUAAAGUAUUCCACAAGCGCCACCUGUUGCUUAAAAAUAGCACUAGAGUUUGAUAAUUGAUCAUUUUAUUAAGUUAUUACGGACGUAUUUUAAUCUUUCCGUAGGUCUGGAUAUUGAUAACAAAGAUUUUUUUUCAGUAUGUAUAAAUAUUGUUUGGUUACAUUUAUAUAUAUUCAUAUAUUCAUUACUUAUGGAUGUAUGUUACUGAGAGCGAGCUCAAAAACCUUGUUUUUUACAAUUCCUUCUCAAACCCUUUCAGAGAAUAAGCAAUUACAGGGAUGAAAAUGUAUUAAAAAUUGGGGACAGCUGCAGUGAGAGGUAACCGAUAUUUCCCUCCACCAUCUGCUCUCCAUAACAAGAGUAAAUUUGCGAAAUAGGUCAGCAACGAGAUGAGGAAGAUGUGGUAAAGGGAAUUAUUUCAGCAUUUUUGUUUUUUUUACACUAAAAUGUGGUAUUGAGACAUUUACAGACAUAAAAAAGUGGAACAGGGAAAAUACACUUUGGAAUGAAUAUCUUUUAAGGAAAGGUUUAAUAAAAUGAUCGUGGCAGAGGGAAGAACAUUGUGAGGAAACUGUGGUAAAGAGAAAUAUUUCAGCAUUUAUUACGUGUAUGUCGUCUUGUGGAGAUGAGACACGGGAAGGUUCUUCUUUGGGUGUGAGUUUUCAUCUCGGAGAAAAACAGCCUUGGUACUUUUCAUCUGUUGCUUCUCUUUUCCCAAUAAUGUGUCCUCAUUACUUCGGUCCCUUUAAUCACCUGCCUCUCUGCUCAUUAAAAAAAGAAUACAGCACAGUUUGUGCUAUAACAGUGUAAUAUUGAAAAUUUGGUUCUCUCUUUCUCUCACGGGGGUGUGGUGUAUGCUCUCGUGUUGAAAUUAGAGGCUUGAGAUUUGUGAAAGAUAUUAUCUGCCAACAGCAGACAGUUUUACCAACAGCAAAAAAACGAAGACCAUUUCUGAGGGAAAAUGACGACAGAAUUGGAACAAGACCAUGAAGCUACCACUGCGCUAUAUUUAAAUGAAAGUACACCAAACAUUACAACCACAGAUGCAAACUUGUGCAACGGCCUACAGUGUUACAUGGUCCUGACCGCACCAGAGAAGAAAGCUAUUGGCACGAUCUGCUUGCUAGCCGGCCCUGUGACGUUCCUGGAGAACGUUUUGGUCCUGCUGGUCAUUGCGAGCUCCGCCGCUCUGCGCAGACGACCGUCGUACCUGUUCAUCAGCAGCUUGGCGCUGGCAGACACCUUUGCCAGCUGUUUCUUCACCGUCAGUUUUCUAGAUUUCCAUCUUUUCAGUCAGAGCGACGGCCCUAACACGUAUCUGUUCAAGCUCGGUGGAGUCACAAUGGCGUUCACGGGCUCUGUGGGAAGCCUGUUGCUGACAGCGCUGGACCGUUAUCUCUGCAUUUACCAGGCUUCCCAUUACAAGACGCUACUGACAGGCACUAGAGCCAAGCUGGCUAUUGUAUUAUUAUGGUGUGUGACGAUUAUAAUUUCAUUUCUGCCUCUGAUGGGUUGGAGGUGCACGACCAGAUUUGAUCCCCCUUGCUCCUACCUCUUCCCUCAUGUGGAUCAUCACUACCUGGCCUUCUGGACGGUCCUACAACUUGUAGUGCUCUUUCUUAUCAUAGUGGCUUACUUUCUUAUCCUGUGGAAAGCGAAUCGGCAUGAAGCAGCUAUGGGUGGACCAAAGUCGGGGAAGCAGAGCGUGAAAGGACAGGCUCGAAUGCGAAUGGACAUUCAGCUCGCGCGCACCUUCAGCCUGAUCCUCCUAAUCCUUGCUGUUUGUUGGCUGCCUGUCCUGUCCUUUAUGAUGGUGGAUGUCACAGUGACCCUUACGAACAAACAACAGCGAAUGUUCGCUUUUUGUAGCACACUCUGCCUGGUCAACUCGUGCGUAAACCCGCUUCUAUACGCCCUGCGCUGCAAAGAGCUGAGGAGAGAAGGGUGCGCAUUGUUAGGAUUGUUAGCAUGUUGCAAAGCAUGCAGGGAACGUAAUUUGGGAAAAGCUCAGGGCCAAAGAAAUGAAUAUGGUUCCGGCGUUUGCAAAAACAGCAAAGAUCGGGCUGUUAGGGAUAGUAACCCAGAUACUAUUUCUGAAAGCGUAGACAAGCAGUGAAACGGUACAUAAAUAGUAUUUAAAGUCAUAUUAACAAUUUGACAGCUUUUAAUCCAUGUUAAAUAUUUAUUAUAUUUAGGUUAGUGUUCAUUGUAUGAAUAGGCUACUAUGGUGUAAAGAUUUUAUUAGUAGGUUUCCAUAUGGCAUAAAAAAAACAGCAUAUCAAAUAAAUAGCAGUAUAAAAUGUGAGAAAUAUGAAAAUAGGUUAUUACAUGAAGACAGUGUGUAUACUAACAUGAACUUCAACACAAACACACACACAUACAUGUUAGAAUAAGAGGAGAAGUCUUCAUUUUAAACGUUAUAAGAAAGACAUUAGCUAUUAGUUUGUUAGCUUGUAAACAGUCUAAAAUUAUGAUUUUUUUUAGGAACAUUCAAUAGGUCAAAUGUGAAAAGGUGGCUAUUGUGAUCAGCUAGUCAUGUAUAGUGCUGUUUCUCUAAGCAUCUUUUUACAGCAGUGAAAUAAGACCUAUAAUAAACACACCCAGAACAGCUAACUCGCCUACAUUUUGACCCAAGCGUAAAAGACGCCAAAAUAUAUAUAGAUUACACUGUGAAACAAAAUAUCCUAAGCUUUAUUGAUGACUGCUAGCAAAGAUUUUGCUUCACCUUUUGGAUAGAUUGUACAUUUUGCUGUAUGUUGCACUAUAUUACGAAGAAUAACUGUUACGAUACACUAAGUAUAUGCUUAUAUGUUGGAAAGAGCGCUAUGAAUGCAAAAUGCUAUGUAAUUGUUUUUAUAUUAACUUGUUAUCUUGUAUUCAUUUUGAAGAGUUCUGCUGCACUAUUGUAUGUGUUGUAUGUUAAAGCAAUUACUAUACUGUAUGUCAUAACCAUAAAAAUAUACUACUACAUUGUUAUCAAUAAAAACACAUUU